AUGGACUCCUUUGCACAGGCGAUUGCAGACAGAUUCAAGCAGUCCGCCAUCCUCUCUGUCCCGCCCCCGCCCGACCCCGCCCGACCCAAUGUCUUCCCCGCCAUCGACCCCGCCUCUCUCGACGACUGGCUCACCGACCCCACCGCCCUCAUCCUCGACAUCCGUCCCCAUGCUGCCUUCUCCGCCGCCCGCAUCCCCCACGCCAUCUCCCUCUCCGUGCCCUCCACCCUCCUAAAGCGCCCUCUCUUCUCCCUCCAACGUCUCUCAGCCAUGCUUCCCUCCAGUGCUGCUCGCAACCGCUUCUCCGCAUGGGCCGCCGCCUCCCGCAUUCUCGUCUACGACGCUGACUCUUCCUCUGUCCCAGACUCCUCCAAUAUUGCCGGCCUCCUCCGCAAGUUCAAGGCAGAUGGUUUCCAGCGCGACCUCGUCUGGCUCAAAGGCGGCUUCCAUGCCCUCUGGCGCGACAGGCGCGAUCUCAUAGACACAAGUCCUCCCACCCCCGACAAUGAGCAUGACGACGAUGACGAUGAAAGCGCCUCCAGUGACCCCAAGUCAUCUCUGCUCAAGACUCGCCACCUUCCCAUGGCAGCCUUUUCCCUCUCCUCCACUACAGUUCACAGUUCGCCCCGUUUUAAUACCUCCGCCGCAGGUGCCCCUUCGGCGCCCAAGUUCGUUCAGCCUUCGUCGGGCUUGCUUCCUGCUGCCAUCUCCGCACCUACUAACUCCCAUCCCGCUUUCAAUCCCUUUUUCGACACCAUUCGCCAGAACACUGAGCUUUCUCACGGUAUCACAGAUCGCAUUCCUCUGCGCCUUCCAAAGCGGGUCCGGCGCCGUAUACAUGAACUCCCUUUUCCCUGGCUGCAGGAUAUUGCACGCAGAGCCGCUAAUGCUCCCCAUCAUCACGGAUCAUACAGUGAUUCCACCUCCUCUGAAUCCGAAGACGACGAGGGUGCUACUCAGGCUGAUAUUGAAGAGGGCAAGGAGGCCCUUGCCAUGCAAUUUUUCAAGAUCGAGCUCUCCGAGCAGCGCAGAAUGAUGGGUAUCAUGGAGCACCACUCUAGAGAAAGUGGACAAGUAUCUCAAAUGGCAUCUUCAUCCCAUACUUCCAACCCUUUUCCGUACAGUAUUACCGCUGGGGUCGAGAAAGGUGCAAAGAAUAGGUAUCGACAUAUCUGGCCUUUUGAACACGCCCGCGUCAGACUCCAUCAAAAGAAGGAGACCGAUGACGAUUAUAUAAAUGCGUCAUACAUACAACCUCUCGGAACCACCAAGCGAUAUAUCGCCACUCAAGGUCCCCUGCCAGCUACAUUCACUGACUUUUGGACACUUUGCUGGGAGCAAAAUGUUCACGUUAUUGUAAUGUUGACCCGCGAGGUCGAAGGUGCCAUGGUCAAGUGUGGAGCUUAUUGGUCAGAUACUGUCUUUGGCCCUCUUCGUCUCCGAUUGGUCUCCACAGAAGGCCUCCCGUCGGUGGACGAACGGCCGACGACCGCCGGCUUCUUUUCACAGCACUCUUCGCUGUCCGUGCAGCCUCCCUCUCGCGUAACAUCCCAGAGACGCUUUCCCCACUCUGCUGGCUCUCAAAGGCGCUACCGCCACCACCACUACCACAAUAAAAGUUCAGAGACGGUCAAGAGAAUCUUUGAGCUGACGCACACAGGAUAUCCGGAAGCAAAACCCCGCCGUAUUGUGCAUCUUCAAUAUUUGGAAUGGCCAGACAUGAAUGUACCUGAGGAUCCAAGAGGCGUAUUAGGAUUGGUUAAGCAGGUCGAAGAAGCUGUCAGAGAAACGCAAAUGGACGAUCAGCCCAGCGAGCCCAAGAAACGGAGAAAAGGGUCUAAUCAGGUGUCCCUGACUGACAUUGACGAAAAGACGGGAGUAGCAAUGCAUACGCUGGGAGGUAACAAUCCUGUAUUAUUGCAUUGUAGCGCUGGAGUGGGAAGGACGGGCGGUUUUAUUGCUGUGGACGCCAUUUUAGACGCGAUUAGGAGGGAGGUUCGUAAUGCUCGCACGGGCGAUGCUAUGGACGUUGCACCCGAUAGUCACAAGGCAACAACAAUCAGUGAGAAGACGGCAACACUUGACUUGACUAAUAGGCAAGGCAGCGGCGAACCGACCACAGAAGAAAGCAGAACGAUUCACGUCCGAAUGGCUACGCCCAUGCAAGUUGAUCACCCUGACCAGUUUGAAAACGAAGCUGCGGAUGCUACUAUGUCGAGUUCUGGCACGAUGCAGUGGGCCGAGAAUGUACGCGACGAAACAGGUAUUGUUGGUUCUUCAAAUGGACCAAGUCAAACGACCGAAGAAUGCCGAUUUCCCUCAAGCUCGAACUUGUCUUUUUCAACACCGGAAUCUUCAAACCUAGCAGGGGCAUCGGAGACGCCUCAUAAACAUGGUAGCUACUAUUAUAAUCCGUCCUCUUCACUUGGGACUUCUGUGUCUGGGUCCUCAUCAUAUUUCAAAGCACACCCUCAACACCAGUUCACUUCCGAUUUACUUCAAGCCUCUUUCAACCACCAGAAACCUUCUGCCUCCGAGCAGCGCCAUCGAACGAUAUCCGCUCCUCCCGUUCACUCGACCUCAGCAACUCUUGGGAGGUAUCACAGAGAUAUUGUUCGGUCGCUGGUAUCCUCCCCAAGUCCCCUGCACCUUAAAAAGGGGUCCAGUGAUCUGCCCGACCUCUCGAACUCACGCGUGGAGACGGUUGUCAAACCAUUUGCCCUUUCUCUCGAUUUAAUGAGCAGUCCAUCUAAAUCGCUAUCAUCUCUUCAUCCCCCGAUGUCAAGCGACGCUGAAUCUCCACCUUCAAGAUCUCAAUCACCCUCCGCUGAUGAGGCAUCCUUUAAAUUUAAAUCGUCAAAGAAAGCAUCUUCUCCUGUAAAUGGUUCAACUUCUACUUGUAAAGUGACUCCUCCAGAUGGACAACCGAAGACAUUUGAUUAUAAAGAGCCCAGGCCGCUUCAUGAAGAUUAUACCCCCCCGCCUUUGACAACAUUUGACGAUCCUAUCUGGGAAGUCGUCCAGGAUAUGCGUGAACAACGAAUGAGCCUAUGUCAGAGUCUAAGGCAGUAUGUCUUCGUACACGCGGCCAUCAUUGAAGGGUCCUUAAUGGUCCUGGAUGAAGAGAAAGAGGCCGCCGAGGGACUCAUACCGCCGUCGAGAAAGACAUCGAAACCUGCUACUCCUACAGCUACGUCUUCAUCCGCAGAUGUACCGCAAACGCCUAGAUCGUCAACGUCUGCCUCCCGUUCUCCCAAGUCGUCGCCUUCGAGGCGACAGAAUUCGCAUCCAUACUCGCAUGAGCUGGCUUCGAUAGCAUCGUCUUCAUCUAUUUCGAUUGGGAAGAGAGGGGCAAGCCCGACGGAGCUACCAAAGGAGAACAAGGAGGGGGAUCUGAUGCUAUCGAAGAGACCAAGUGUGAAAAGAAAGCAAAGGAGUGGGGACGAUUUGAACGUGGUGGAUGAUGCUAGGUAUCACCCUGUGCCGGUGCGAGUGACAUCGAGUGUGCUGCACAUGGGAGGUGUGAGUGCGCCCUCGGCGAGGGCUAUGCCUCCAUGA